AUGGUGUCGGUGCUGGUGAUGCCGUUUGGUGCCAUCGAGCUGAUCCACCAGAACUGGAUUUAUGGAGAAACCUUCUGCCUGGUCCGAACAUCUCUAGAUGUACUGUUGACAACUGCCUCCAUAUUACACCUGUGUUGCAUAGCCUUGGACAGGUACUAUGCCAUCUGCUGCCAGCCGCUGGUCUACAGGAAGAAGAUGACUUCACUGAGAGUGGCUCUAAUGUUAGGAGGAUGCUGGAUAGAGGAACGGAAAUUCAGCGGUGACGUGGCCAACUCGACGGCGUGUGUCUUCAUGGUCAACAAGCCGUACGCUCUGACGUGUUCCGUGGUGGCCUUCUACAUCCCACUGGGGUUGAUGGUGCUGGCCUACCAGCGCAUCUAUGUGACUGCACGGGAGCACGCACGCCAAAUCAGUAUGCUGCAACGGGCGGGGGCCGCCUCGGCAGACAGCGCCGACCACCAGCGCAACCACCGCAUGCGUACAGAGACCAAGGCRGCCAAGACUCUGUGCAUCAUCAUGGGCUGUUUCUGCCUGUGCUGGGCCCCUUUUUUUAUCACCAACGUGGUGGACCCCUUUAUAAACUACACAGUGCCGGACCAGCUGUGGGCAGCAUGCCUGUGGCUGGGCUACAUUAACUCCAUGCUUAAUCCCAUUCUCUAUGCCUUCCUGAACAAGUCCUUCCGCCGUGCCUUCCUCAUCAUCCUCUGCUGUGGGAGAAAGCGUUACAGCGCCAGGCGGCCAUCCAUACUGGGGCCGGGGCCCCCCUGCUCGGCCACACAGAUCAACGGCUCCACCCAUGUGCUCAAGUAA